AUGGCGGCGCUCCCCUUCCGCGACAUCAACGUCCAGACCGCGUCCGACUCGUACAUAUUCUCGUCUCCCUCAAGCCCCAAUGCGCCGGCACUCACUAUCGACCGGCCAACGGGCGAUAUCCGCCUGAGCGAUGCCUCGCUCCUCGCCGGCAAGCGCGUGUCCCGCGUGACGAGCAUUGCUGGUAUCCUGGGCAUGAUCCGGUUGCGUUUGGACCAGUAUAUCGUCGUGAUCACCAAGGCCAAGCCCGUAGGCCGCCUCCGCGGGCACACCGUCUACAAAGUCGUCGCAACCGAGCUCCUCCCCCUGCGCGAGCGCCAAGUACACGACCCCGAUGAGGACAGCUUCCUCUCUCUGCUACGCAACUUUAUCAAGUCCGGGCCGAUGUACUUUUCCUACGCCGUCGACCUCACGAAUUCUGUGCAGCGCCAGGCCCAACAUGACGGCGAGAGCCCGCUCUGGAAGCGCGCCGACGACCGGUUCUUCUGGAACCGAUAUCUCCAGUCCGACUUGAUCGACUUCCGCAACCAGGGCGCUCGCGGCCACCCGGCGCCCCAACCCGCCAUCGACCCCUACAUCCUGCCCGUGAUCUUUGGCAUGCUCGAAAUCCACCCGACCACCUUCAAGGGCACGCCGCUGACCCUGGCUCUCAUCACCCGCCGCUCCCGCCACCGCGCGGGCACCCGGUAUUUUACCCGCGGACUCGACGACGAGGGCCACGCGGCCAACUACAACGAGACGGAGCAGAUCUUGAUCCUCAACGACAGCGCGUCGGGGCUGGGUGGCUUCGCGGGGAGCUCGUCCGCGCCCGGCACGCAGCGCAACAACGCUGGGGCCGAAGGCAAGGACCUGCAGAUCCUGUCGUAUGUACAGACUCGUGGCAGCGUACCGGCGUACUGGGCGGAGGUCAACACGCUCAAGUACACGCCCAAGGUCCAGAUCCGCACCAUCGAAGCCGCGCUACCAGCCGCGCGCGCGCACUUUGAGGAGCAGAUCCGAAUCUACGGCGACAACUAUCUAGUGAACCUGGUCAACCAAAAGGGCCGCGAGCUGCCCGUCAAGCAGGCGUACGAGCAGGUGGUGGACCAGUUGGUGACCAACCCGCAAGAGCGCGUCCAGGGGGACCAGCUCACCGACGAGAAGUUCCACACCAUCGAGACGGGCGGUGGUAAGCCACCGGGGGGGCGUUCCAUUUUCGACCGCCUGCACUACGUCUACUUUGACUUCCACGCGGAAACCAAGGGCCUCCAGAUGCACCGCGCACAACUACUCAUCGACCGCAUGCACGAAGCGCUCCUCGCGCAGCAGUACUUCCGCGCGGCCGAGAUGCCCGGCGGCAACCGCAUCGGCGGGCAGCUCGAGGUCCGCUCCCUCCAAACCAGCGUGGUCCGCUCCAACUGCAUGGACUGCCUCGACCGCACCAACGUCGUACAAAGCAUGCUUGCCCGAUGGACACUCGACCGCAUGUUCACCGACCUCGGUCUCCUCGCGCGCGGCGCCCGCUUCGCCGACGAGGACGCCGCCUUUGAGUUCCUCUUCCGCAACAUGUGGGCCGACAACGCCGACGUCGUGUCCACGGCGUACUCCGGCACGGGGGCAAUGAAGACAGACCUCACGCGUCUGGGCAAGCGCACGAAAGGCGGCGCGCUGCAGGACGGAAACGUCGCUGUCACGCGGUACUGGCGUAACAACUUCCUCGACGGGCCGCGCCAGGACGCGUAUGAUUUGUUCCUGGGCGCGUACCAGGUUCCCGCCGGUGGAGGCGGGAUCGGCGCGGCCAGCUUUGUGUUUGCCGACCGUCGGCCUGUGUGGAUCCAGAGCAUCCCGUACAUUGCGGCGUUUGGCUUCUUUUUCGUCUUGCUGGCGACGUAUACCCCGCGGCUGCCGGAUGCUGCGGUCUGGCCGUUGCGGAUUGUCACGCUGUUUUGGGCGGCGGUCUCGGUCUGGAGUGUGUAUUUUAUCUUUUCGCAUGGCAUGCUCUACGUCAACUGGCCAAAACUCAACCCCCGCCCCUGGGCCACCGAAGGCUACCACCAAACCAUCAGCCGCGUCCGCAAGGACAAGAUUCUCGGCCCGCUUGUGGCGCGUCACGAGCGUGGUCUCAGCACGGCGCGGUAUAUCAAUGCCGAGGAGGGCAAGAAGAGGAUUGAGUAG